CCUGUCCUGACCUUAAUCCCACCUCCCCCCUCCUCCCCCCAGUGCCCCCACCAUCCUCACCCCACCCAGCACCCCCAGCAACCCCCAGCAACAAUGGCAACCCUCACCAACCCGCGGCGCAUCCUCCUCGUGGGGACGCCGAACUCCGGCAAACUCACAUUUUUAAAAUCACUUACGGGAACUCUCCCGCCACUGCCGGACGCGACCGGGCCGCAUGCGGGGCUGUCGCAUGAGUAUCAGAUAAACACGCCGUACUACAGCGCUACCGUGCCCGUGUGGGUUGAUGAGCUGCCGGCUCCGGGGGCUGUGGGGGUGAAGGAAGAGGAGUCGAAGAAGGAGGGGGAGGGGGAGAAGGAGGAGGGGGAGGGGGAGAAGGAGGAUGCAGCGGCAGCGGCAUCUGCAGGGGGGGAGUCCUCUAAAGAAGAAGAAGCCCCCGAAACACUCCAAACCUGGACGACCUCCUACCUCUCCGCCUCCGCGUCGGAGGUGCUGAGCGUUCUCGGCAGCCUAAUCCUCACAUUCCGUUCCACCUCCGAGCUUUCCUUGCUCCUCAGCUCGCUCCACCGCAUCGUCAACAAGAUGGGCAUGAUGUGGGACGGAGUGUGUCUAGCCGUCGCCAUGGCGGACGGACCGCUGCCGGAGGGAACAGAGGAUACGUGCUUGGGUUACGGGUUUGAGUUGGUGGAAUAUAAUGGGGGAAGGAGAGGGGGUAGGAAUGAAUAUGGAGAGGCGACGGGCAUGGAUAGGGUUGUGGAGGCUCUUGCGGCCGGGGAUUGGGCCGGUGAUGGGGGGGAUGAUGAGGAUGAGGAUGAGGAUGGCGAGGAUGAGGAUGGCAAGGACAAGGAGUGGUUAGAUGGGAUUGGCGGUGAGAUGGAGCGGGAGAUGAUGGGGUUGAAGGUGGAGCUUGCUCGGGAGGAUAGGGGCGAGGGCGAGGAGGAGGGCGGCGUGGAGAAUCUUGAGGCUGUGUUGGCGCGGCUGCAGAUGGUCAAAGACAUGGGCGACGAGCUGCCGAUGGCCGAGCGCCGGAAAUUGGCCGCAAAGAAUCGAUGUCUGAAGAUCCAAGAAGUAUGUACACAACCGUAG